CGAUGAGUGUCCUACUGAUAUCAUAUAAUACUGUUUUGUUGUUAAAUGUUGUAAUAUGUUGUAAUACAAUUUUCAAUAAAUAACGUGUUCACCCGUUACAUUGGCGCUCAACUAGUGGCCGAACCAUGCCUAGACGAGGCGCGAAUCGUCCAGAACUGGACAAGGUAGUAGAAGACGAAGAGCUGCAGGAAGUGGGCGAGCUGACCAGUGGAGUCCCCCCACAAACGCACCCUCCGUCGACGUCACACAACCAGUCAGUGAUGGAAGCAUUCGCGAGGAACAUGGAAGCGUUCACAAGGAACCAAGCAGAAACAAACAGGACUCUCAUCGAAACACUGUGUUCAGUAUUUCCCCAACCACUGAGAUCGUCUACACCAGCGACGCCCGAAACGACUGCGGCGAGCAGAGCCACGCCCGUCCUUCAAAGCGGCGACUUCAGUAGGUGUACGGCUCGAUUCCACGGAGAAUCCAGGGAUAAUGAAGCAAUAGAGGCAUUCAUCGACGCUAUCCUGGUCUACAAGGAAUGCACCAGCGUCAGCGACGAGCACGCGCUGCGCGGCCUGCCCAUGCUGCUGGGCGGAGACGCAGCGAUUUGGUGGCAGGGCAUCAAGAGAGACGUGCGCGACUGGGACGAAGCCGUUCUCCGCCUCCGCACGAUGUAUGGAGCCACGAAGCCGGGAUACAAAAUAUUCCGUGAAAUUUUCUCUCAAGAACAACCCGACGACCAGAAGAGUGAAGUUUUUGUGUGUAGGGUUAGGGCUCUCUUAACUAAACUGCCAUAUGAACUUUGUGAAGCCGCGCAAGUGGACAUUGUGUACGGCCUAUUAUCAUAUAAAAUUCGUAAACGUGUUCCGCGCGAUACUAUAGUGUCCCUGGACAGUUUAGCGAUAAAAUUACGCGAUGUAGAGGAGUCCAUGGCGGAGGUACAGUAUAAAUUGUCCGGGAAAACUGUAAGUAAUACAAAAGCUUAUAAUAAUAAAACAGCUGAUAGGUCAUUGAACCCGUCAACCUCCGUUGGCCCCGCGCCCCCUUCUAGUGCAAACACGGCUCCUAAAACACAACGACUACGUUGUUCGUAUUGUAAAAAUUAUGGGCACCGUCUAGAAGAUUGUAGAAAAUCCAAACAACAGCCGACCGGCAACAACGACACGGUCCGUUGCUAUGGUUGCGGACAAGCAGGCGUUAUUCAGUCAAAAUGCGGAAACUGUAAAGAUAAAAAUGUCUAUUCUAAAGGUCCAGAUUUCAAUUCGGCAAUUAUAGAUAACAACCAUGCCUAUGUUUAUAACUAUAGUACAGACAAACCACGUUUGAGUUCGCCGACCAAUAUACCUACUUGCAUAGGAACGGUUUCGAAUAACGAAAGGGCGUAUUCUGGAGAACGUCCCUAUUCUGUAACAAAUUUUGAUUAUAAUAAACGAUGUCCGUAUUACGUAGAACGUCCUUAUACUUUAUCGAGUGAUAGUUUUAAUAGUCGUCGUCCUAGUAAAUGCUUUAAUAGUAAUGAUAGUGAACCGUCGUGUACUAAAUCGUAUUUUGAACCGGGUUCGAUCCCCGAUAAAUUUCGAUUUCACACUUUUUCAUCCGAUAACGUUAGCUCAUCAAAGGCUUGUCGCAUACCCUCCCGCGAAUGUAUUAUGAAUCCAAUUGAGAUAAGCAACGCCUUUAUGGAGUCUGACCGGGAGCGACCCUUGAUCGACAUCGGUAUUGGGGAUUUUGAAGGUGUCGCCAUGGUGGACACCGGUGCCACGCAUUGUAUUGCUAGCCCGAUGCUCUAUCGUGUGUUACAGCGUAGUAACGCACGUUUCUUAGAAACGCAACGUUCUAUUCGUUUAGCCGACGGUACCGCAAAAGUGUGUACUGUGUUUACUAGCGAUGUUAUUGUUAAAUUACAAAAUCGUAGGAUACUUACCACAUUUUUAGUCAUACCCGGAGCGGAUACAAAGACGCUUAUUGGAGGAGACUUUAUUCAAAGCGCGGGUAUGGUGCUGAAUAUACCUCAACGUUCAUGGUAUUUUGUAGAUGAACCUGAGCGCAAUUACGAUUUUGUGCAAAGUUACAGACUCCGGUCGGAGACUGACGAGGACAUGUUUUAUGUUGACACUUUCCAGAACUUAAGGGAAGAUGAGGGCGCCGACCUCUCAGAGGGCCAGCGCGCCCAGCUUAAUAAGCUACUAGCCGAGAAGGUAGAUCGCUUCGCCGCGGAAGGCGAACCUACCAGUUUCAUCACUCACCGCAUAAAGGUAAGUGAAAAGCAGGAACCCAUCGCUUCGCCGCCGUACCGCAUGUCGCCUGGGAAAAGGGCGAUUCUUGAACGAGAGCUGGAAAAGCUCCUGUCCACUGACGUGAUCGAAGAGUGCGAAUCACCAUGGGCAGCUAACGUGGUUUUGGUGAGUAAAAAGGAUGGAGCUGCGCGAUUGUGCAUCGAUUAUAGGAAACUCAAUGCGGUUACAGAACCCGAUCGUUACCCUCUGCCGCGGAUGGAUGAUGUGCUCCACGCUGCUAAGACUAGCAAGUUUAUGUCCACUUUGGACCUGCGAUCUGGGUACUUUCAGGUCAAUGUCGCUGAAGAGGAUCGUGACAAAACUGCGUUUGUCACGCCAUUAGGCACCUAUAGGUUUAAGCGUAUGCCUAUGGGCCUACGCAAUUCUGGCGCUGCAUUCCAGCGUUUAAUGGACAGAUUCAGGUCUAACCUGCAAAAUGUCUGUCUGCUGUGUUAUUUAGAUGAUCUGAUUGUUUUAUCUGAUAGCUUCGAAAAGCACAUUGAAGACCUUAAUGCCGUCUUCGCCAGGUUAGAGCUAUUUGGAUUGAGAGUCAACCGGGAGAAGAGUUCCUUCGUCCGCAGCUCUGUGAAAUUUUUGGGUCAUCUUAUCGUUCCAGGCGGAAUCGAGGUCGAUCCUGACAAGACGGCCGCUAUUGACAACAUGCCAGCGCCGAAGAAUAUUACGCAUCUAAAGUGUUUUCUGCAAACGUCCAGUUGGUUUAGGCGUUUUAUUCCUAAUUACGCAGAUGUGGCGAGGCCGCUAACGGCGCUUCUUAAAAAGAACAGUGUUUGGCUGUGGACCACAGACAGACAAGCUGCGUUUGAUCACAUCAAAAGGCUGCUUGUUUCGGCUCCGAUACUUCGUCAAGCCGACGAAAGACAAGCGUUCAUCAUUAGGACUGAUAGUAGUGGGUAUUGCCUCGGGGCAGUCCUAAUGCAGGGGGAGGGCCCGGAAGAGCGCCCUGUUGAAUACGCUAGCCGUCUCUUGACGCAGGCUGAACGUAAUUACACAACCACCGAGAGGGAAGCUCUCGCUGUAGUAUGGGCCGUAACGAAAUUCCGUGGGUAUAUUGAAGGCGCCGAGGUCAUCGUAAAGUCAGAUCAUCAGCCGUUAAAAUGGCUGAUGAGUGUUAAGUCGCCGAGCGGACGUUUAACCAGAUGGGCGCUUACUCUGCAAGAAUUCAAUCUUCGUAUUGUAUUCCUUCGUAUUCCCCAGGUAAAUCGAACGUCCUCGCUGACACCUUAUCGCGUCCGGCAUGUCCCGAGAACUGUGAUCUUUGUCAGGUCGUUGUCGACGUACCAUCAACAAAUGCUCGCGAUUAUAGGAGAUUGCAGCUGCAAGACCCCGACGUUCGCAAAAUCCUCGAAGAUCUGGAAGCGGAAGACGAACCGUUUAGGGGGAGACAAUGGUCCGACCGUGGUUAUGUUAUUUCAGACGGUGUAUUAUAUAGGUACGGACCUGAAACUGAUGAAAGCGACGACGCUUGUUUAGUGGUACCUGCCAGUGAGAGACAGAAGAUCCUCGCCGAUUACCACGAUGCACCGACAGCGGGCCAUCUGGGAGUGGAACGUACACUCCAACGUGUAGCAUCGCGAUAUUAUUGGCCAGGUAUGAGAGCUUAUAUUG